AUGAUCAUUCUUGUUCGCCAUGCGCAAUCUGAAGGCAAUAAGAAUCGCGACAUUCACCAAACAACACCCGACCAUCGAGUGAAGCUUACUUCCGAAGGUCACCGACAAGCCCUAGAAGCUGGACAGCGGCUACGCAAUAUCCUUCGCCCUGAUGAUACCCUCCAUUUCUUCACGUCUCCGUAUCGUCGAACAAGAGAAACAACCGAAGGCAUCCUGCAAUCACUAACCUCCGACGACCCUUCCCCCUCUCCGUUUCCGAGACACGGAAUCAAGGUUUACGAGGAACCCCGACUUCGAGAACAAGACUUUGGUAAUUUCCAGCCAUGCUCGACCGAAAUGGAACGAAUGUGGAUGGAACGGGCAGACUACGGUCACUUCUUCUACCGAAUACCCAACGGCGAAUCCGCCGCGGAUGCAUAUGACCGCGUCAGCGGGUUCAAUGAGUCCCUGUGGCGACUUUUUGGAGAGGAAGAUUUCGCCAGUGUAUGUGUGCUCGUUACACACGGUCUUAUGACCCGAGUCUUUCUCAUGAAAUGGUACCACUGGAGUGUGGAAUACUUCGAGGACCUUCGGAACAUCAACCACUGCGAGUUUGUGAUCAUGACCCUGAAUCCCGAUAACGGCAAAUAUACUCUUCAAAACAAACUGCGCACAUGGUCGGACCUACGACAGGAGAGAGAACAAGAAGCGGAAAAGGAACGUGAUAACAAGGGGCAAAUUGUUACUCGUCAGAAUUCCUCAGAACAUGUCCCCCUCCGUCGAAAAUGGGGUGGUUGUCCAGAUGGGUGCACGCACGGGAUGACUGGAGAUGUCCAAAAGUCACUUCGUGCGCAAUUAAUGGAAUCCAUGCAUCGGAGCAGUGGGCACAUUCGGGGUAGCAGUGAUACAUACCCUGAUCAACCAUCACCACUGAAGCAGACCGCCUCGACAGCUGACAGCAUAGAGGGGUCCUUCCCCUUCCCCAACGACAAAAGUAUCGCGGCUCUUCAUUCAUCUUCCGCUGGGUCUCAACAGUCCCGUUUCUCUCCUGAGGAGAUCAAUGCAGUCAAUAUGGGGCAAUCCUCCAGCUCCGAUACUCGCAAGCGCCCUGUUCGGCCAAGUUUGGGCCUGCAUCGCGAUAGUGAGGACCAUCUUCUACAUCCUCCAGUCUCAGCUUCAGCGACAGCAAAUCUCAAAUUAGCUCUGCUUCAUCUGGGCGGGCGAGACGGAGGUGGCUCAUUGAGCGGCGCCAACAGUCUCGUCCCAUCCGAGGAUGAAGGCGAUCACAACGAGGAGUCCCCGAAGCAUCACCAUCACCAUCUUCACCACCAUCACGGCCCUCAUGGUCAUCACCAUCAUCAAAAUCAAAAUCACCAUCACCACCCGCAUCACAGCAACGAUGUCAGCAGCCCUGAAUUGACCGCCACUCAUAAAAAGGUUCUUCAUUUACAAAAGGACGCCAUCCCCAACGCAGUCUCCCUGCCCGCUUCAUCCCAGGAUGCCGAGGACGACGGCGACGACGAGUUGAGCUCCCAUCAAAGGAAGGGACACAAGAAACGCUCCCAUCAUGUUCCAAGCCAUACCCAGCAACAGAAUCCCAGCCUUGAUACCGGGAACUUCCCGCUUGAAAAAGACACAACAUCCACUCCUUCCGUUGCUGCACGCCCAAGAGCGAACAUGCUCGGUGACGCAGAUGAUGAGACCCCCAACUCGCAUGAACAAAACGCGCAUACUGCCGAGAAUCCUACGCCACCAGUUCAGCAAGGCCAACCAGACCCUUCAUCCGAGGACCAAGACCUGGAGACGCAACGCCGGGAGGAUCAAAGCAUACAAGGGAGUGUCUAUUAA